AUGCGACGCUGCACGCGCCGCCUGCUCCGCUGCUCCGCAGAAUGCAACCGCCGCACCUGCUCAGCAGGAUCCUACAGGCUCCUGCUAAGCGCUACUGCUCCGCCGCCUGCUCGCCGCCGCCCCUCAGAACGGCUUCUCCGCGCCGUCAUUGGCUCCGGCCGCUGCUCCCGCCUCUGCUCCGCCGCCUCGCUCCGCUCCGCCUUCACGCCGCCUGGCUCCGCAGCUGAGCAGGACCAGAUACGCAAGCCUGAUCCGGGCAUGGCACCGACCGCCAGUUCCCGCACUAAUAAGCCAGCACUGCUCUUCAGCCGCCUACUCCGCCGAAGGAUCCGCCUCCACGGCAGCGCCGCCAUGCUCAGCCGACAAUACACCACCGACGACCUUGCUCACAGCGCGAGCUCCGACGCCCACCACCGCCGCGUGGCUAGUCCCGGAAGAACCGACACGCCUGCUCCGCCGCCGCCUCCGCCGCCUGCUCAGCCGCCUCACUACGCCGCCUCUAACGCGCCUGAUCCGCCGCCUGCUCGGCCGCCUGCAUGA